AUGAGCUCGGCCCUGUCCUCCUGCUACAGCCGGGUGUACCAGAGCCUCGCCAACCUCAUUCGCUGGUCUGACCAAGUGAUGCUGGAAGGUGUCAACUCCGAAGACAAAGAGAUGGUGACCACGGUGAAGGGGGUCAUCAAGGCCGUGCUGGACGGAGUGAAGGAGCUGGUCAGGCUGACCAUCGAAAAGCAGGGGCGUCCGUCUCCAACCAGCCCGGUGAAGACCAGCCCCCCCGCCUGCAAACCCGACGGCCAGUCUGAGCUCCCCCUGACAGAUCGAGAGAGAGAGAUUCUCAGCAAGACCACUGGCCUGCAGCCCACUGAGCUCCCGGACUUGGCAGAUGAUGAGGUGGCGCCCCCCAAGCCACCCUUACCCGGCAUCCGAGUGGUUGACCACAGCCCCCCACCCGCGCUGCCACCGAAGAAGAGGCAGUCGGCCCCCUCCCCCACGCGGGUGGCCGUCGUGGCGCCCAUGAGCCGAGCCACCAGCGGCUCCAGCCUGCCCGUGGGGAUCAAUAGGCAGGACUUCGAGGUGGACUGCUAUGCGCAGCGGCGGCUUUCAGGGGGCAGCCACUCGUACGGCGGGGAGUCGCCACGCCUGUCCCCCUGCAGCAGCAUCGGCAAGCUGAGCCGGUCGGACGAGCAGCUGUCCUCUCUGGACAGGGACAGCGGCCAGUGCUCCCGGAACACAAGCUGUGAAACACUAGGUGAGCGACCGCCGCCUGGCCCGUCCUCUCGGCCCCAGGGCCAGACCCGGUUCCCAGGACGCCUGCCGCUGCCGGGCACUGUGACCUCCGCCGAGUAG